ACCGAGUACGUAGAGCUGAAAUCAGACAAAGGGAUUUUGGUUGUAAAGGAGAGAAUCGACCGAGAGCAGCUUUGCGCUGAAACCACUCCGUGCAGCUUCACGUUUGAAAUAAUACUCGAUAAUCCCAUGGAGCUACAUCACGUUACGGUGGAAAUACUGGACGUAAACGAUCACGCGCCAACAUUUCCUAAAGAUGAAAUUAAUCUUGAAAUAAGUGAAUCAGCCACGUCUGGGGCACGGUUCUUACUAGGAAGCGCAGAUGAUCCUGAUGUUGGUGUAAAUGCUCUCCAAAAUUAUAUCAUGUCAACCAACGAUAAUUUUAUUCUGAAACAACAUUCACGUCCCGAUGGAGUUAAAUAUGCUGAAAUGGUGCUUCAGAAGCCUCUAGACAGAGAGCAGCAUCCACGACUGUCUCUUAUUCUCACAGCCGUCGACGGAGGAAACCCUCAGAGAUCUGGUAAUAUGAAAAUAGAGGUAAUUAUUUUAGAUGCAAAUGACAACGCGCCAGUAUUCAACCAGUCUGUUUAUAAGGCAACAGUAAAAGAGAAUUCACCCAAAGAAACUUAUAUUAUAACUGUUAAUGCUAGUGAUGCAGACAGUGGCGCAAAUAGUCUGAUUUCAUACAGUUUUGCUAAUUUGAAAGGAAACAUAAAUGAAGUGUUUGAAAUAGAUGAAAAAACGGGUGAUAUUACUUUAAUUGGGGUACUUGACUUUGAAAAAUCAAGAAGAUAUGAAAUUGGCAUCGAGGCCAAAGAUCAAGGUGGUUUAGGAAACUCGGCUAAAGUCAUAGUUGAUUUAAUUGAUGUAAAUGACAAUGCACCCGUUAUCAGUGUUAUGUCAUUUUCAAGCUCAGUGAGUGAAGAUGCACAUCUAGGCACCACUAUCGCUAUUUUCAGUGUCAAAGAUCUAGAUUCAGGAGAAAAUGGCCACGUUGACUGUACUGUAGAUCGAAAUACUCCAUUUAAAUUACAGUCCUCACUGCGAAAUUAUUACACUUUAGUCACUGAUGCAGCUUUAGAUCGUGAACGUGUAUCAGAAUAUAAUAUCACUAUCACAGCUACAGACUCAGGAUCUCCUGCGCUUUCUAGUCAGAAAACAUUACAUCUGAAAGUAUCAGAUGUGAAUGACAAUCCUCCCAGGUUUCAAAAGAGCGUUUACACCACAUUUGUUACAGAAAACAAUCAGCCUGGUUUGUCCAUAUUUACUCUGAGUGCUCAAGAUGAUGACUGGAACCAGAACGCUCGUAUCUCGUAUCUUCUAGAUGAGACUACAGUGGGUGGAUCCCCUGUUUCCUCUUUUAUUUCAGUAAAUGCUGAGAACGGAGUGGUUCACGCACUGCGCGGUUUUGACUACGAGCAAAUGAAAAGUGUUCGUGUUUUUGUGAAAGCGCAAGAUGGAGGCUCUCCACCCCUCAGCACUAAUGUGACUUUAGACAUUAUAAUCCAAGAUCAGAACGACAACGCUCCUCAGGUUCUGUAUCCAGUACAGACUGGUUCUUCUGUGGUGGCUGAGAUUGUGCCUCGUGCUGCAGAUGUUGGAUAUCUGGUCACUAAAGUGGUGGCUGUUGAUGUGGACUCUGGACAGAAUGCCUGGCUCUCCUAUAAACUACAGAAAGCUCCAGACAGAGCGCUGUUUGAAGUGGGUUUACAGAAUGGAGAAAUAAGAACUGUGCGACAAGUGACUGAUAAAGAUGCCGUCAAACAAAACUGACUGUUGUUGUGGAGGAUAACGGA